AUGUACAAAAACUAAAAAUACAUCUGGGAUCCUUUGAAAGUACGAGAUAAUCGUGAUCCUGCAUAUAGUGUUAAUCUUCCUUCUCAUUCUCCUAAGAUACCAUUUAAGAGACCUUUUUAACAAGACAAUAUAAAUAGGUCUAUGGAGAAUAACAAGUAUCGUUACUCUGAAAAACAUCUUGAUUAGAGUCCUACUCAAAAAUUAAAAGCAGUUGCUCAGCCUGCUUAUUUUAGUUAAGAGGGUUUAUUACUGACAAGAAAUAGUAAAUUACCUAAUUAUGAACCUACACGUUGUUCAAGCAAUGAAAAUGGCAUAAUUAGAGCAUAUGCUGCAAACACUAACUAAGGGAUAGUAAGAGAUUAUAAUGAAGACAGAGUAUCCAUAAUAUUGAAUAUCGUUAAACCCUAAAAUAGGCAACAUGAAACUUGGCCUAGGUGUUCUUUUUUUGGUGUUUAUGAUGGUCAUGGAGGUUCAACAUGUGCAGAUUUCUUAAGAGAUAAUUUGCAUCAGUUUGUAAUAAAGGAAUUAGAUUUUCCUUGGAAUCCAUAUGAAGCAUUAAGAAAAGGUUUCGCAGCAGCAGAAUAACAUUUCUAAGAAUACGCUAUUUCUUAAUUCAAUAAAGGUAUACCUGAAAGAAGUGGUUCUUGUGCAAUAGUUGCUUUAUUAGUUGGUGAUGUUUGUUAUGUUGCAAAUGUCGGGGAUAGUAGAGCAGUUUUGUGUGGAGGCAAUAAUAAAUCAGCAUUACCAUUGUCUCGAGACCAUAAACCUUGUGAUGAAUUAGAAAAAUUAAGAAUAUAAAAAGCAGGUGGAAAAAUAUAUUAGUAAUUAAUUAUAUUAAAAAAUUAAGAACUUAAUAAUUAUAAGAUGAACAAUAAGUUUUUGUUGGACCUCUAAGAGUAUUACCUGGAAGAUUAUCUGUAAGUAGAACUUUUGGAGAUAUUGAAGCUAAAUUAGAAAGAUUUGGUGGAAAACCAAAUGUUGUUGUAGCAGAACCAGAACUAAGAAGUUUUAAAAUUCAAGACGAUCAUUAAUAUAUUGUUUUAGCAAGUAAUAUUAUAAUAUAUAUUUUAGGUGAUGGUAUAUUCGAUAAAAUGUCAUCUAAUGAAGUAGUUGAUAUCAUGACUAAGGAGCUAGAUUCCAAUUCAAAUAUACAUUAAGGUUGUAGUAUAGGAGUUGAAUAAGUUCUAAAGGAAAGUAUUAAUAGGAGAACCUUAGAUAACAUAACUGUUGUUGUAGUUGCUUUCUAAGGGGAAUAAAUGAAAAGAUUAAAGAAUGAAUUAAAUAAAAGAAAUUAAAUUAAAAAGGCAGUUUAAUCUGUGUUGGGUAAUUAGGAAGAUCAAGAAAAUACUCCAGGAUUAAUUAAUACCUAUAAACGAUAUAUUUGAUUUAAUU